CUCGUAUAAGUAUUGCUUUGAUCGAUUUGACAUAACCUCAAAAAAUAGUAAAAUAAGAGAAAAAGCAAAAUGUUUUGAAAAACCUUCCUGCUUAUCUUUUCGGCUUUUACCAUCAAUUUAAAAUUCUUAAAGGAAGAUGUGUUUCGGUCCAUUUUCAAGAAUAUGCCAUUGGGGGCCACUAACAGCUUUAGGUAUUAUAAAACUAAUUACGGGUGUAACUUUAUAUUGUGGAAGCAUGUGGUGGCCGAGUACGACAUGGGGAGGUUUUUUCAACACUAGCUUUUUUAUGGGAAUGUCGGGACUGACCUUGUAUAAUUUUAUGUCGUCGAUGUUUCACGGUCCCGGAUAUUUGCCAUUGCUAUGGAGGCCGGUAAAUGAGAAGGAAUGCGAAAACUUGCAGUGGUGUGGUGUUUGCCAAGGUUAUAAGGCUCCCAGAUCACAUCAUUGUCGAAAAUGUGGACGGUGUGUCAUGAAAAUGGAUCACCAUUGUCCAUGGAUAAAUAACUGUGUUGGAUGGGGUAAUCAUGCACAUUUUACUGCGUUCUUAUUUUUUGCAGUAGUAGGAUGUGGGCAUUCUUCUACAAUUUUAUCAUUUUCCUUGUAUAGAGGAAUUAAUCGCACAUGGUAUAUGUACCAUAAUAUUCAAAACGUUCCCAUAGUUCAUUUUGGUUUGUAUGGGUUAAUUUUAACCGUAUUUGGGUUAGGAUUAGCGGUGGGGGUUGUGCUUGCUGUGGGUAUGCUACUAGGUUUACAGUUACGUGCAAUUAUUAGAAACCGUACCGGUAUAGAAGAUUGGAUUUUGGAAAAAGCAAUUUACAGGAGGAAAGACACAGACGACACCUUUGUAUUUCCGUACCAUUUGGGAUUGUGGAGGAACGUGCGGCAAGUCUUAAAUGUUGGAUGUGAACCGGUGGGUGAUGGUAUAUUGUGGGAAGUCGCCGAAGGCUGUGAUCAAUUUACGCUUACAAAAGAACAGUUGGCACAAAAGACCGAUAAACGGCAUAGAACAAAACUGUACAAUAUUCUUUAUCCCGCUUCAGGCGCAUGGUUUCCCAUUACAAAGGGGUUAAGGGUGUUUUUAAGUAUUCCCUGCACAGAUGAACCACGAAUAAAACUUAAACAAGGGGAUGUCGUUAUUGUGAGUAGGUGGAGAAAGCACUGGCUGUUUGGCGAAAAAAUACAAGCACAAUUAGAUGCAUCUGAACAAUCUAUUGCGAGGGUGCGAGGCUGGUUCCCACGGAAAUGUGCCGUUGAGCUGGUUGAUAGUAGUAGCACAAAUAGUCAGCUUAAUUUUCAAGAUAAAAAGUUAAAGUAAUAAGUACAUCAAUUAGUCUUUACUUGCAAUGUGA